AACUGACCGCAUUGUGGGUUCUACUCUGAGGCUGAAGUGGCUAACACAGGAAGGUGAAGACCAUUCCUACACUCUCCAAGGUGACUGUGGUUUACUUGUUUCUCCUAGAGAAAGAACAUGGAUACACUUGCUCAUCAUUUGAGUGUGGAACCAUCAUAUGCGGACUUGGUUAUUAAUGUAGGAAAAGUCACCCUUGGUGAAAAAAACAGGAAAAAGUUGACAAAAUCUCAGGAGCAAGAAAGAGAGAAAAUCACCAUAGCUGCAUGUUCUCUGUUGAACUCUGGAGGAGGAGUGAUCUACAUGGAAAUGGCCAACAAAUGUGACCCUUGGGAGAACAUGGAAAUGGGACAGGAUUUAGAAGACACCUUAAGGAGCUUUGUUGAUCCUUUCCCUUUUCACACCUAUUUUGCAGCACUGUCACAAGGGGAAUAUUAUUUCAUUUUUGUUAAAUCUUGGAGCAAUGGAGCUUCCCCUGAGAAUAGCUCUACCAUACCCCGUAUUUGUAGUCAGAGUAUGUUUCUGUGGGAAAGGAGCGGCACUAGUACUAGAAAGAUGAAUCCAAAUGUGGUCGUUAACUUUCUCAAAACUAAAAAAAGAGAGAGAGGUGUAAGCAGAGUAGAAAGUUCACCACCUAAAAAAGUAUCAAAGAUUGUGAAUCCUAACAUUGAGGACAGGGAUCCUGUUGCCCUAGUAUUCCAAAGAGAUCACCUUGAGAAAGGGGAAGUGCUACCAUUUUCUGAAUCUCAACACGUAGAGUUUAAAGAGUUCUCCACCGAAAAAAUUUUCAACAAUGUAAAAAAAAAAAUAGCAAGGUACAUUUCAGCGUUUGCCAACACAGAAGGAGGAUACCUAUUUAUUGGUGUGGAAGAUGGCACUCGGAAAGUUGUGGGAGUCUUGAGGGAAUAUGUGGAAGAUGUGAGAAGAGUAAUAAAAGAAAAGAUAGACAACUUGCCUGUUGUCCACUUUUGCCGCGAUAGGUAUUCAAUAAGCUAUACAAUCAAAUUUCUGGAAGUAUAUGACAGAGGAGAGCUCUGUAGUUAUGUCUGUGUGGUCAGAGUGGAACCAUUUUGUUGUGUGGUAUUCUCAGAAAGGCCCAUUUCAUGGAUUGUGAAGAAUAGGCAUAUAGACAGAUUAUCAACUGAUGAAUGGAUGGACAUGAUGUUGGGUGCUGACUCAGAUCUUUCACUCCUGACUAAAAACUUUGACUCUCAGUUGAGCCUGGACAAUUGCCCUCCCCUCAGCAGACCGGUAUAUUGCAAGAAGGACUUGGAACAUAAGGAGGAGCUCCAGAAACGUUUGUUCCCAGUACCAUCGGAUGAGAUAAAAUACAAUCCAGAUUCCCUGUGCCAGGAGUUGUUCUCAGAAAAUGAAGGACUGGAAGAGUUAAUGAAUAAACAGAUGUGUGAAGAAGAGUGUUCCCAAGGACUAUUGAUAUUUUCUAGAAGCUGGGCAGUUGAUAUUGGCUUACAGGAGAACAAGAGAGUCCUUUGUGAUGCUCUUCUAAUAGCCCCUAACAGCUUACCAGUUCUGUUUACAGUCCUCAGGGAGCCAACUCUUUAUGGAGAGAUCUAUUCCAUCCGUACUGCCCUUAUGCUAAAGCAAAAGUUGGUGAACACCGGCGGUUACACUGGGAGAGUGUGUAUUAUUCCCAAGGUUCUGAUCCUGAACUCUGGAAGUGAUGCAGAGGUCCCCAGGAGCUCAGGCCUGCCCAUUCUUUACCCUUCAUCUUACAAAGUGAGAGACAAGGAAAUGACAAAGCUGCUGCAAUCCCUGGUGAUAGUCUUGCUCAGCUUCCGCUCCUUUUUAAGUGACCAGCUUGGCUAUGAGGUUCUAAACCUACUCACAAUUGAACAGUAUAAUGUGAUUUCAAAGAACCUCCACAACACUCCAGAAUUGUUUGUCCAUGGCUUACCUGGAACAGGGAAGACAGUUAUAGCCAUGAAGAUCAUAGAGAAAAUCAGGAAUAUGUUCAGCUGUAAGAAAGAAGAGAUCCUCUAUGUCUGUGAAAAUCAGCCCCUGAAGGAUUUCAUGAGAAAGAAAGAUAUCUGUGUGGCUGUGACUCGAAAACGUUUCCAGUCACACCUCUUCGAGGAAGUUAAGCACAUUAUCAUUGAUGAAGCUCAGAAUUUCCGUUUGGAAGAUGGUCCCUGGUAUGAGAAGGCCAAGGCGAUCACUCAAAAAAAUGAGGUUUCGCCGGGGAUACUCUGGAUCUUCUUAGAUUAUUAUCAGACCAGUCAUACAGAUCAUAAUGGCCUUCCCAGUUUCUUUAAGCAGUACCCCCAAGAACAGCUCACCAGAGUAGUCCGAAAUGCAGAUCCUAUAGCAAAAUAUAUUCAACGAAAUAUGGAAAUAAUCAAAACAAAGUCUCCAUUCCCUAUCCACCCGACAUCUUUGAAGAUGCUGGAUAAAGCUUGUUGGUCUUCAGGGAUUCAGGGUUUGUGUGACAUUAGAAAAAACUUGACAAGGGACCAGAUUGUAACAUGUGUGGCAGAUCAGUGCAAAAAACUGUUCCAAGUAGGUUAUUCUUCCAAAAACAUCGCUAUUCUGGUCAGCACACGCAGGGAUGUAGAAGACUAUGAAAUUCCACUAAAACAAGCAACUAAGAAAAUCAGGGGGCUCAGGAUCAGCUCUGACCACAAUGAAGAAGGCAAUUAUAUUAUCCUUGACAGCAUUAGGCGCUUUUCAGGGCUAGAAAGGAACAUCGUGUUUGGGCUCAAUCCUGUAGCAAUCCUUGAAGACAUUUCACACAAUCUUUUGGUCUGUUUGGCGUCAAGAGCACUCACACACCUCUAUAUCUACACAGAAGCCUAGAAUGGCUGAGCAAGAAGUCCAAAUAGAGCUCAGCUCCCUAGUGUUCCAUCAUAAACAGGAACAUACAAACAGCCAGCUUGAGUAAAAGAAAAGGAAAGGCAAUUAAAAAAGAAUGCUCAUAAGAAAAUCACCUCUCAGCUGGGGUGGAAGAUCAGUUAGCCAAUAAAUAUUUAUUAAAUGCCUAUGCCUACUCUGUGCUAGGGAGAGAAGGUGGAUUUUUGCUCAUUGAAAAAUAAAACAAGAUAUAAUUUUGGAAAAAAACCAUGCAAAAUGAAUCAAAGCUAAUCGAUGGCUUCAAUAGAGUGCCAAGAUGCAAGUGGGAUCCUUAAAAGUCAUCAGCAUUUUUCUACAGGAUUAAUAAAAACCAAGAAGAAAUGAUGGAAAGAGAUAGUCCAUUCAAAAAGCUACAAGAAAGGAAAUUAAUGGGGUAUUAAACUACCAAGACUCGGGACUUAUAGUAAUAUAGGUGCAAAAUACUGUGCAGAAAUAAGGGGAAAUGUUCCCUGUUGGUUACUCUCUCCCAGUAUCUCCUGCCUCCUGCCAGCUCCUGGAAUCUGUCCAUAAAUGAGUGCAUGAAACUCCACCCCAUUUGUAUCCUCUCUGCUACAGCUUUUCCCCUGUAUCUGCUUUCACUAGUUCCAAUCACCAUCCUUGCUCAAAUCAGAGAUCAAAUUCAGAUUAUCCUUAUAUUUAAUUAUUACAAAAUCCCAUCUCCAAGAAGAAUAGGAACCAAUGAGUGAAAGCUUAUGAAUUAAAGGACUAUACCGGGUAUGGAAAAUGCUUCCAAGAGUGAUCCCACCACAUACCAUAGUUGUGUAUUUUCUUCUUAGACUAAAUGAAAAAAUCAAACCAUGUACAUGUUAAACCAGAUAAGUUUUAGUCAUUGGCUCUUAGAGCUCUCCAGGAACAGUCUUCUGCGGUUCUGAAUCCAAAAUUACUUGCUUUGGAAAAAAACCAAAAGUACUCUAAAAGUCUAAGUUCCAUUUGUAGAACAAAUCAACAAUUUCUGACUCAAGCCUUAACCUCUUGAAUUCCUGAAACUGCAUGGUUGAGGUUCCCCAAGAAACCAACUGGGAGGAAGGCAAAUAGGCUGUAACAUGCUGCAGUGAAGAAUUUUUUUUAAGAGAAGAGAGAUAUGAAGAGACAAAAUAUAAGUUCAGAAAAACAAGUCAAUACAUCGAAAGAAUCUAAUGUAUACAUUGUUCCAAUUUCAAUAUUCUAUACACUUGCAAACCUUGACUUCUUGGAGAGUAUACGGUGGUGGCCAGAGCCUGGAAACAUGACCACGAGUCUCCAGGGAGAAUGGGAACAGCAAAUGAAGCUCCAACUAUCCCAUGGGAAAACUGGCACAUGAUGCAGGGAUCCAUGAUGUUACUUUGUCCUGCUGCUGCCCAGAUCGACUGGCCUCUUCUGAGUAAACUCCCCCAAUUAACCCUAAUAAAACUUCUUAAUAAUCAAGCUGGCAUGGGCCCCUCUUUCUUUGGUAUCUUACUGUUCUCUUAGAGGAUAUGCCACCCUACAACUGGCAUAAUUAGGGCAGGACAGAUCUGCUCCCUUACCGAGAGGUGUCUUCUCAUCUCAGCUUGGUCAUGAUGAUUUUACAAUGUUCACUUUUUGACGGUUUUCUUGUUGGUCUCUGUAUUUUCAUUGUUUUAGCUAUUGUGCGUAAUGUUUCCCUGGCUCUGCUUACUUCACUUGGCAUCAAAUUCUUUCCAAGAUUCUCUCUAAUUAUCAGAUUCAUUAUUUCAUGUGUAUCAGUUCGCAGCAAUAUUCUAUUACAUUCCCA